AUGGGGCUGCGGGUGCUGCUGUGUGUGUCCCUGAUGGCCCUCCUCACCCUGCAGGCCCUGCCCGCUCAGGCUUCACCCCAAAGGCCCAAAAGCAGCGAGAAGCGACAGGCUGUGGACACAAGUGUCGACGGCGUGAUCAUCCAGAGUUUGAAAGUCAACUGCAAAGUCACCUCUCGCUUCGCCCACACUGUCAUCACCAGCCAAAUGGUCAACAGCGCCGACCAGCCGAAGGAGGUGGCCUUCGACGUGGAGAUCCCCAAGACGGCCUUCAUCAGUGACUUUGCCAUCACAGCGAGUGGGAAAGCAUUCAUCGGGGACAUUAAGGAAAAAGCGAUCGCGUGGAAGCAGUACCGGAAAGCGGCCGUCUCAGGGGAGAAUGCCGGUCUCGUCAGGGCCUCGGGAAGAACGAUGGAGCAGUUCACCAUCCACCUCACCAUCGGUCCCCGCAGCAAGGCCAUGUUCCAGCUGACCUACGAGGAUGUGCUGAAGCGAAAGCUCAUGCAGUACGACAUUGACAUCAAAGUUAAGCCCAAGCAGCUGGUGCAUCAUUUCGAGAUCGACGUGGACAUCUUUGAGCCCCAGGGGAUCCGCAAGCUGGAUGUCCAGACCUCCUUCCUCCCCAAGGAUCUGGCAACUCAGCUCAUCAAGAAGUCCUUCUCAGGCAAAGAGGGUCAUGUGCUUUUCCGCCCCACCGUGAGCCAGCAGCAGUCCUGCCCCACGUGCUCCUCCACCUUGCUGAAUGGGGAAUUCAAGGUGACCUACGAUGUCCAUCGAGACCAGAUCUGCGACCUCCUGGUCGCCAAUAACUACUUUGCCCACUUCUUUGCCCCCCAAAACUUGACGAGCCUGAACAAGAACCUGGUUUUUGUGAUUGACAUCAGCAACUCCAUGGAAGGCCAGAAAGUGAGGCAGACGAAGGAAGCACUCUUUAAGAUCCUGGAGGACAUACGGCCUGGGGACUACUUCGACCUGGUCCUCUUUGGGUCUCAAGUGCAGUCGUGGAGGGGCUUCCUGGUGCCAGCAUCCACUGCCAACCUGCAAGCAGCUCAGGACUUCGUGCGGCGCUUCUCCCUGGCCGGCUCCACAAACCUGAAUGGAGGUUUGCUCCGGGGAAUUGAGAUCUUGAACAAAGGUCAGAGAGGCAUCUCAGAAUUCAGCAACCAUGCCCCGAUUCUUAUCAUGUUGACAGAUGGCGAGCCCACAGAGGGAGUGACCGACCGUACCCAAAUCCUCAAGAAUAUCCGCAGCGCCAUUGGGGGCAAGUUCCCGCUCUACAACUUGGGCUUCGGCCAGGAUGUGGACUUCAGCUUCCUGGAGGUCAUGUCCAUGGAGAACAAUGGACGGGCCCAGAGGAUCUAUGAGGACCACGACGCCUCCCAGCAGCUUCAGGGCUUCUACAACCAGGUAGCCACCCCCUUGCUGGUGGAUGUGGAAUUGCAAUACCCCAAGGACGCUGUAUCGGAGCUGACCCAGCACAGCCACAAGCAGUACUACGAGGGUUCGGAGAUCGUGGUGGCUGGGCGCAUCGCUGACCAGAAGCUGAGCAGCUUCAAGGCGGAUGUGCGGGCCCUUGCGGAUGGCCGAGAAUUCAAGACAACCUGCCUGGUGGACGAGGAAGAGAUGAAGAGACUCCUCCAACAGCGGGGCCACAUCCUGGAGAACCACAUCGAACGCCUCUGGGCCUACCUCACCAUCCAGGAGCUGCUGGCCAAGCGGGUGGUGGUGACCAUCAACAGGAAGAGGAACCUGGUGGUGUCUGUGGAGGACGGAGGCACCUUUGAGGUUGUCCUGCACCGGGUGUGGAAGGGAAGUGCCAUCCGCCAGGACUUCCUGGGCUUCUACGUGCUAGACAGUCACCGGAUGUCGGCGCGGACACACGGGCUGCUGGGACAAUUCUUUCACCCCUUUGAUUACGAAGUGUCCGACCUGCACCCAGGCUCCGACCCCGCAAAGACAGACGCCACGAUGGUGGUGAAGAACCAGCGGCUUACCGUUACCAGGGGCUCGCAGAAAGACUACAGCAAGGACCCCCGGCAUGGGGUGGAGGUGACCUGCUGGUUCGUCCACAACAAUGGGGCCGGACUGAUCGAUGGUGUUCACACUGACUACAUCGUCUCCGAUAUCUUCUGA